UGAUGCGCCUCUCUAUGCUCCAUUGAGAAUUGCCCCUCGUCCAUUUGUCUAUCUUUCUUACACACACGCACCUUGCACGAUACUCGCCUACAGAUGCAACAUUGCUAGCACUUGUAACCAACGUUCACAUACCAACCAACAUGGCUGUCGCUUCGCCUACCACCACGCAGCCCAUUGAGGUCAAGAAGGUCGAUGACAGCAACAACGCAGCUGCCGCACCCAAGAAGAGGAGAAGAAGAGCACCCGCCACUGGAGCCACCGAGGACUGCUUCUCUUGCAAGAAGCGAUCAAUAAAAUGUGACCGGAGACGACCCUACUGUGGCCAGUGUGUCGAGAUUGGAAAGGACUGCACUGGAUACCGAACAACCCUAACCUGGGGCGUCGGAGUUGCCAGCCGUGGAAAGCUUCGGGGCAUGUCGUUACCCAUCGCCAAAUCGCCACCUGCCACUGCCACUACUGCCACACGGAAAGAGUCCUCAGCGUCGACCUCUGGUAACAAUGCUUCCAGCAGUGCUAGCCAACAUUCGUCUAGCUUCAACAGCCGAGCCAGCGUUGACUUCGGUAUCCACUCACCCACAAGUCCUAUGAGCCCGGGCAGCAUCUACUCCGCCCCACAGGAAUACCAGUACUUCGGCCCUACCAGCCCAAUCCCCAUUCCCUCCCCAUCCACACCGCUCGGAUAUCCUAUGCAGUCCCCGAGAGAGCACUUCGAAAUGAUGCACCCGCUCGCCUCCAAGAUGAGGCGACCGUCGCAACUCAGCAGAGGUCCUCUCCAGAGAUUACAUACCUCGAUACACCUGCCUUUCGACGAAGGCGGUCUGUCAGCCUCGACUGCAUCUCUCGGAACAUAUAGCGACAGCGACUUCCCGUCACCUGGAGAGUACCCGCACACCCCUGCAGACGAGUUUCCCUUUGCGGAUCCGUCCAUCCCACGGUAUUCGCCGAUCCACUCCUAUGACCAAGCGCAGAUUGGCUCCAUCGACAGCUUCUACCAUGAAGCUCCCCGGUCAUUACCCAUGGCCGACGACAUGAGCUCCAGCGUCAGCUCAGAUCAAAGCCUACAGGACUACGUCGAGGUGAGCUCGGCACAGCAAAACAUGGGUCAGGCCGUGUUCCACGAUGCGGUUUUUGUGGAGGGGGAUGCAAGCUCGAGUUAUACUGCGUUGUCUCAGCCAGCUUUCUCCUUUCUUCCUUCGGAGGGUACGUCAAUGUCUUCUUACGGUUCCGGCCCCCUGUCUCUCGACGUACUCGCGCUCACCACAUCUAUUCCUCAGAGUCUUGCUAUCGCUUCGCCCCUUUCCCAUCGGAUGCUAUCCCUCAUGGACUAUUACGACAAAUUUAUAUGCCCGGUACUGGUGGCUUUUGAUGGCCCUUCGAACCCAUACCGCAUGCAUAUCAUCCAUCUGGCCAUGCAAAACGACGAACUCCAAAACGCUAUCGCCGCGUUGGCGACGAACAACAUGCGUAUGCGCGGAGGCCUAGAAGGACGGCGAUUGAGUGCCCCUGGCGACUACCGCCUCAUCCCGCAGCAUGCGUAUUCGCAAAUGACUGCGCAGGAGUUGAGAGAAAUGCACGGAGAGCCUACUAGCGAAGAGAAGCACUACAAGGCCCAGUCUAUCGCAUUAUUGAACAGGAAACUAGUGGAUAUCAACGGCUCGCAGGACGAUUCCGUGUUGGCCACUCUCCUUAUCCUUUGCCUUUUCCAUGUCUGCGAUUCAGGAUUCACAAAAUUUAAGACGCAGCUAGCAGGAGUUCAGAAGCUUCUUGCUAUGCGGGACAGAACAGUACAAUCAGAAUUUGUUGGCUGGAUCGAGUUGUUCUUCACCUGGUUCGAUGUCAUGACGGCCGCUGUCAACGACCGCGAAAUCGAAGUCCGCGGUGAUUCUUUAGACAUGAUGAACUUGACUGCCAACCUUGGCGCACUGGAGCACCACUCCGGUUGCGAAGGACGCCUUUUCAAGCUUAUUGCCCGACUCGGAAGGCUCAACCUAUUGAGUCAAAAUAGGCCUGUACGCGAAAACGACGACACGCCCCAAUCUUCUCCACGACCUAAGAAAAUGAACGACUUUUACUCUUUCAACUUUGACCAAAUUGACGGCAACGGCUGGGGCACGCCCAUCAUUGAGUUUCAGGAUCCUUUCGCCUCAGCGCGAGAAGACCCCCGCUCUCCAUUCUGGGUCGAGUGGAACGAUGUACGUGUGCGCCUUCAGGAGUGGGAGUUUGGUGUGCCUGGCGAGAACUCUGUAGAUUCUUGCGAAGCAACAUCAUCGAUGCUUGCCAUGACACCCAACGAUGCAGCACUUCUCCACAUCAGUGAGAGCUUUCGUUAUGCAGCGUUGCUCUACAUAGAGCGUCUCGCCCACCCCACGGUACCUGCUGGUGCCCUCAACUUCCAGAAUCUUGUCGCACAAGGUCUCUACCACAUUUCACAGAUCGGCAUAACGAGCUGCGUUAACAAGUUUUUACUCUGGCCGCUCUUCAUCGUCGGCACGGAGUGCGUAGACGCUGAGCACCGCGCUGUCGUGCGACAGCGCUGCGUUGAGAUUCAACGCGAGAGCGGAUUUUUCAACAAUCUCAGUGGUCUCGAGGUGCUUGAGCGCGUCUGGCAGGACGACGAUGAGUGGCUUGAUGGCGACAUGCAGAGCUCACGACAUGGUCCUUUUGGUACAUCACAACAGGCGUUUCGGUGGAGAAAAGCAAUGGAUCGUAUUGAUGGGGAGUAUAUUGUCAUCUGAUCUUUUUGCCAGGAUGCAGCGGGAUCUUGCAUCUGUUGGGAACAUGCAUGAAGGCCGGGGAUUGUAUUGGCUAAGCCAAAAGUGGUGAUGCGUUGAAGCGAUAACGUUUAAUUGUUCGUUUGUAUAUAUCGCGAGAUGUUAUGGGCAUCGAUACCCUGAGAGACGACGCAGCAUGAUCUGCGAUCGAAUAACGAAGUCAUGAAAGCGCCACUAUUCUACUCUACCAAUUCACGCCUCAUUCCAUGUGAUAGUCCACCCCUCCACCAUUCGUGACCAGC